AGCAUUAAUCACAACGGGAGAGGAGCUGGUGUCACCGGUCAUGUCUCAUGUGAGGACAGGACGGUAUUAUGAGCUGAAGAAAUCCCGCUGAGUUAUGAUGGUUUGUGAGCAGUCGACCGGGUUUAGGUGCUAUGACAGUCCCAGGAGAAUGACACUGGUGUGUUUUGGUUGUUUACUGGAAUAGAGAGAUAUGUGCGGCAGAAAAGCUGCGUCUCGUCUCUUCUAAAAGUCAGAGCAGCUGGAACAAUCAGAACGGGGGAUUUUUAACAAAAACAGACGCCAGACAGAGAAGAAAAGGAGACGCAACAUGUUUGAAGUCUCCGGGAUCCCACUCAUCCUGCUGGACGCUACCUGCGUUAUCCUCGUCGGACUUCCAUUUGUCACCCUCACCUCUCUACAUAACCCUUUCAAACGGGGUUUCUUCUGUAAUGAUGACUCCAUCAGAUACCCCUCCAAAGAGGACACCAUAUCCCACGAGCUGCUGGGAGGAGUCAUGAUCCCCUUCACAGUGAUCGUAAUCGUCUGUGGCGAGUGCCUUUCUGUUUACAUGUCCCGCAUCAAGAACCAGUCUUUGGGGACCAAGUAUGUUUCAUGCAUCUACAAAGCACUGGGGAGUUACUUAUUUGGAAUGGCUGCUAAUCAGUCUCUGACCGACAUAGCCAAGUACUCCAUCGGUCGCCUGCGGCCAAACUUCCUGGCUGUAUGCAAACCAGUGUGGGAUCGAAUCAACUGCAAAGCUGGUGGAUACAUCACGAAUUUCACCUGCACUGGAGACAAGUUUGACAUAGAUGAGUCAAGACUCUCCUUUUUGUCUGGUCAUUCAUCUUUCUCUAUGUACUGCAUGCUGUUCCUUGCCCUGUACAUUCAAGCGAGACUAAAGUCUGAGUGGUCGAGGCUUCUGCGCCCCACCAUCCAGUUCUUCCUGAUUGCGACUGCAGUGUAUGUUGGUCUGUCCAGAGUGUCUGACUACAAACACCACUGGAGUGAUGUGCUGGCUGGCCUCCUGCAGGGGGGCUUAGUGGCUGUUCUCACAGCGUUCUGUGUCUCCAACUUCUUUGCACAACCGGUGGAGCCGGUGGUGUCACAGGAAGAAGAGUCACACACCAGUUUACAGGAAAACCCUUCCAAUGGGAAUCACUAUGGCAGCACUGAAUGAACCUGAGGCUUCACAGACUAUGCUGAGCAUCGCCUCUAUCCCUUAAAAAUAGUCACAGAGGGCCUAAAACACAUCAGUGAAGUGCGACUCUUACAUUAACUGCUGGCUGUUUGUAUGCAACACGGUCGUCACUGCAGCCUGCACGUUUUAGCUGCUACCUGGUGUGGUCAGUGAACUCGAUUACAAGAAGAAAAGUGCACUACACAAGACAUUACUUGCACUUCACUGAGAUAUAGAGAAGCAGAAGAAGAGGUUUCUGCCGAGUUUUGGUCAAGUCCAAUAUAAUACAGUUUAUUCUGGAGGGAAAAAACAAAAUACAGCAUGUUGGGUUUGGAAAAGUUGCGCCUUUUUUUUUUUUUCUUUUUUUUUACAGUGUUGGCUUGUUGGAAAUGUGGUUACUAGUGUAUAUUGGUCUGUUGCUGCCAUCAUGAAUGAAUGAAAUUCUUUUUGCCCAGAAUAUAAUGAGCGUCUGUGUGCGUACUGCAAGCAGGCUUAUAGAGGCCGGGUACCUGUGAAUAAGAAAACCGGGGCUGUCCUUAAAAUGGAGACUGGACUCAGAAAUAAUAUAUUUUAUGUUCAUUUUUGCCUUAGAUUUGUGCUGCUACCUGCUGUUGUUUCACCUCCCUGAUAUAAUUUUGGAAAGAGAAAUAAUUGGUUUUUCUUUUGUUUUUUUUUAAAUAGUUUGUAUAAAGUUCCUCAUGUUUUUGUCCAUACAGACGCUUUGAACAGUGAAAAGAGACAAAUAAAGAGAAUGCCAUUUUGCUACUUUGAUACGAAGAAGGAAA